AUGGAGGAAUUUAAUGAGUCAAUGUUCCGCUGUGGUUUAUCCGCAAUGGACUUUGACGGCUCAAAAUUUACCUGGACGAAUGGAUCGUUAUGGCAGAGGUUGGAUCGGGCCUUGACCAACGGCAGGUGGAUGGAAGCGUAUCCGGUGUCUAGGGUUUCCCACCUAGCUAGGGGAUGCUCAGAUCACGCCCCGUUACUUGUGAAAUGUACCCCACGAAUGGGAGCUUCCUCCCUUGCUUCCUUCAGAUUUCUGAAUGUUUGGGCCCGUCACCCUGGCUUUCUUGCAGUGGUUAGUGAAACAUGGGGGACGGAAGUUUCGGGGGUGGGUAUGACUCGGUUCUUCAACAAACUGACACAAGUGAGGAAUAGACUGCGACAGUGGAGCCGAGAGACGUUUGGUGACAUUGCUUCCAGAGUUAAGGAGGCGGAGGGCGUUUACAGACAAUGGGAGGAGGAAUAUGAUAGGAAUCGGGACGACACCUCCAGGACCUUACUCAAUGAGGCUAGAGCGGUAUACACUAGGGAGCUGGGAAUCGAGUGUGAAUUUUGGAGGCAAAAAUCGGCAAUUAAGUGGCUUCGCGAAGGUGAUGCUAACACCUCCUUCUUUCACUCGGUGGUCCGUCAGCGAAGGAACUCCAACUUUAUCGCUAGGAUUAAGGACGCGAAGGGUCGUUGGUGUGACACGGGGCAACAUAUUAAGGAUUCGGCAACGGACUUCUUUGCCAGACUGUUUACGUCAGAUUCGGCCUUCAGGGGAAGUUUUCCAGCGCUUCCUUUUGAGGUGCCUCAGGUGGACAGUGCUUGCAAUGAUAAUUUGAAGGCAGCACUGACAGUGGAGGAAGUCCGAGAGGCAGUUUUCGCGAUGGAGGUGAACAGUGCCCCGGGCCCGGAUGGCUUUGGAGUGGGCUUCUACCAGAUCUGCUGGAAGAUUGUACAGGAUGAUCUUGUGGAGGCGGUUCAGGAUUUUUUUAAAGGGGUCGGCCAGCCAAGAGUGCUGGUCAACGGCGAGCCAGCGGGGCACUUCAAGUCCUCGCGGGGGGUCCGUCAAGGGGACCCUUUGUCGCCUGCCCUAUUCUUAUUUGUGGCCGAAUUUCUAGGUCGAGGGAUCCACGACUUAUUCCUGGCAAAGGAGAGUAGGUUCUUUGCAUCGGCGGGAUCGCGUGUCCCGUACUUAGCGUUCGUGGAUGAUAUCCUAGUCUUCACGCGUUGUUCGGCGGAGGCUUUGGCGGCAAUUAAGCAAUUCUUGUGGCAGUACCAAACGUGGUCGGGGCAGAAAGUAAAUGUUGAGAAGAGUUCUUUCACCCCGGCCUCUGGGAUGGCUAUGGAGCAGAUACAGUUGGUGCAGUCCAUCCUCGGCUUCCGUCAGCUCGGAUUGCCUUUCAGAUAUCUGGGGGUUUCGUUGGUGAAGGGCAGACUUAGCUGCGUGACCUUUGAUGGGUUACUAGCGAAAGUGAGACAGCGGCUUUUCCAUUGGAGCUCCAAGUUGCUAUCCAGGGGGGGCAAGAUAAUUCUUAUUCGCCACGUGCUGAGCUCGAUUCCGCUGCAUUUGCUCCAAGUGGUGCAGCCGCCUAAGGCGGUCACUAUCGCUCUGCGACGAAUCUGCAACACUUUCCUCUGGGACCACUCCACGACGGAGCAGAGGGUUCACUGGGCAGCCUGGGAAAAAGUUUGCUUCCCGGUAGGAGAAGGGGGUUUGGGGUUUCGGUCAUUUGAAGAUAUGAUUAAGGCUUUCUCUUGCAAGCUGUGGUGGAAGCUGCGGAAGAAGGACUCGGCAUGGGCGGAAUUCAUGCACUACAAAUAUAUCAGAGGCAGGCACCCGGCAUUGGUUGAUGUCGAUCGCCCCCCCUUUCCUGGCGGCGCCUGGCAAAAAUCCGGGAGUAUGCAGAGGGGAGGAUUCUUUGGUGUUUGGGAGAGGGCUUGGUGUAUUUUUGGCAGGAUCGAUGCAGCAACAAAUUUUCCCACAUUUGAAGGACCAAAUGGUCUGGGAGGGGUCUGCCUCUGGGGACUUCACGGUCUCAGCGGCGGUGGAGGGCCUGCGCCAGAAAGGGAAUUCCUCUAUGGUGAGUAG